AUGUAAAAAAUAAAAAAUAAUCUUAGCAAAUUAUUAAACGAUGAAAGCGUUUGCUUUGAUUAAUCAUACUCUUUUAUAUUGUUUAUUCGGAUGUUUUAAUUUCUCUAAUAUCUUGCAAUGACCUUACAAGAAAUAAACGAUAACAAUAAUUUGAAAGAUGGACACUUUUCAAUAUUUUUUUAAAUUCUCAAACUAUCCAUUUUAGAUAUUGACUUGCUGCCUGAUUAUAUUGGAUUUAUUACUACUUUCUUUAACUUUAUAGUAUUUCUGUUAUUCAUACUUUAAAUAGUCUAUUUGAAAAGAAAUUUUUAAAAUCUGAUGAGAAUUUUAAAUGGAUAUUUAGCUCUUUUACCUUAAAUAAUGUGUUUUUUAUUUGUUUCAUCAACAUUUCGAUCUUUUUUAUUGAAUUCAGAAACCCACAUUGUAAUUUACAUUUGGGGAAUAUUUGAUGUUAGUUUAAUAUUUUCAUUAUCUUUAAUGUCUUGUAUUUUGUUUAGAAAUAUUAAUUUUAAUUAAUCAACUUAUACAAGGGAUUAAAGCAUAUUAAAGAUUGUAUCUUAAAUAUUUUAAUUUGUAACUUAAAUUUUAUAUUUCUAUCAUGAUUAAGAAGAAAUAUUAAUAUUAAAACAACUUUCAGCAUUAAUGUGGAUAGGCUUAGAGUAAAUUGAUAUUUAUUUAUACAUGCCUUAUAGUUUGUAUGAUAGUAAAUUGAUUUUCACAUUAAAUUAAAUUAAAUUUGGAUGUAAUUUGAUAAAUUUGAUCCUUAAUAAUUUAUCAUAAAUAAUUGAAACAACAUUUUCACAGUAUAUUUAUUACUUUAUUUUUUCAUCUAUGUGUUUCUACUUGGGAGAAACAUUCUAUUAAAGAUUAUUUUAUGCAAAGGGUUUAGAUACUUUUACUAAAUCAAGUGAAUAAGAUCAACAUUUGUAAAUUAAAGUCCUAAGGUAGUUUUAAAUUUAGGCUGAAUCACAAUUAUCACAAACUGAAAAGCUCCUUUAGAUUGGAAUGGUUAAUUAACACAUUAUACAUUGCAAACGGAAAUGUGAAGUAAAUAAAUUUCUAAUUUUAGUAGUCAUUGGAUAGUUCUGAUGUUAUUACAUGUAUAGUAAAUUAAUAAGUAUAAAGUAAAGAGGAUGAACAUCUUUUUUUAUUUAAAGUUAGAUAUUUAGGAUUCUAGAAUAAACAAUAUUCAUAAAGUUUAGCAAGACUCAAACAUUAUUAAAUUAAAUAUAAAGCAGAAUUAUCUUGGUAUUUUAAUUUAAUUUAAAUUGAUAUAUCAAAUAAAUUAAGAUAGGAAAUACUGAAACAAUAAUCUUAAAAGAUUUUUAUUUAGGAUACUUAGAGUGAUAAUUUAUCUUCUGAAAAUUUAGUUCAUAUAGAUAUUUAAUCAGAUAAAUUGAUUCUAAAUCUAAGAAAGACCUUAUAAACGAAAUUAGAUGUUUGGAGAAAAUAACUAAAAGGUUUUAAAACAAUUAGAUAGCUUCAACUAGAAUUGAUAAAGUUAGCAGAGAAAUUAGAAAAAUUAAGAAGAAAGUUCAAACUAAUUAUAAAUAAAGAUGUUUAUGAAGUGAAUAUAUCUUAAGUAAAUAAUCUAUAUCACUUAAGAAUGUUAUCACUAUAUUAUUCAAUUAUUAUGAAUGAUUAACUUCAUUCAUUUUUAUGCGAAAAGUAAUAUUAUCUAAUAUAUUGUUAUGAAUAAACUCUUUAAUAAGAUUAGUUAAAUUCAAUAGCUCUUGUACAUGAUAAAGUAGCUAUAGUUACAGUUAGUUUAGUAAAAAGUUUGGGAUCAAUAUUGAAUUCUAAUAAAUAGUAAUUAGGAUAUAUAUUUAAUUACAAAAAAGUAGAAGAAUUUCAAAACAUCAUUCAUUUAAAUUAACUUAUGCCUGAUUUUAUAGCUUCUAAACAUAAUCAAAUGCUCACUAACUUUUUAAUUAAAGGUGAUUCUCCUUUUUUUCAAGAAUUCAGAAUGAUUUUUGGAAGAUCAAAAGAAAAUUAUGUUUUUCCAUUGUAGUUGAAGCUCGCAAACGAUUUUAGUUAUAUAGAUGAUUAUGUAAUUAAAGGAAUUUUUUUUUCAGGAGGUAAAAGAUAUGAUUAUAUUUUAUUUGAUCAAAAUGGAAAAGUCUUAGGAAUUACUAAAGAAAUAUAUAGAGAUUUAUUUACAUAUCAUGAAGAAUCUUUUACUGAUUUAAACUCUUUGUAUAAUAUCUGUUUUUUAUAUUACUUUAUUCCAGAUUUAUUUGAAAUUGUUAAAAGAUGUUAUUAAAGAUAAAAAUAGUAAUAAGAAAAUAUAAAUCUAUAAGAGGAUACAAUUUUUAUAUAAUAAACAAAUAUAAAAGAGUUUCACGAAAGUUUUUAAUAAUAGAUGAAAUAUCAUCUUCGAGAUUUAUAUUGUAUUUGGAAUAUAAAAAAAAAAUAAUCUUUGUCAAGUAAAUAUACAACAUCAAACUCUAAAGAUUAAAAUUAAUUUAUAGAAAUCAACUUAUUAAAUGAUGAAUAUGCUAAAUUUGCGUCUGAAUUCAUUAAUUAAAAUGUAGAAAUUAUAUUUAUUCAUAGAUUACAAAAUAAAAAACUUGUUUUUUAAGAUUUACUUUAUUUUUUCAAAGAAACAAUGCAGAUGGAUUUUUUAUAAUGCAAAUAUAAGAUUAUCGAAAACAUGAUAUAGGUGAGAUAGCUACUGAGUUAUUUGCUUUAUAAGAUAUUGAUUCAACUAUGAAAAAAUCAACUUUGAGACAUCUUAAAGGUAAUAAUAAUAAAAAUGAUUUAGAUUUCAUUGUUUCUAAAAGAAGAUAUGGAGAUUAACGCACUUUACAUAAUGCUUUUAUUAAAAGAAAAAUGUAUUCAAAAUAAUUAGUAUCUAUGAAUUAAUCAGAAAUUUUAAUGACACAAUAACUUUCAUCAACAAAUUAUACACCAAAGGCUUGUUUUAUUAAACCUGAAAUUGCUCUCAAUUCUGAAAUGGAAUCAGUUUAGGAAGUUAAAAAUUCAAGUUCAGAAGAAUCAAAAUUUCUAGAUGAAUUUAUGUCUAAUGAAGAUACAAAAAAGCAAAAUUAAAAACAUCAAAAGAGGAUUAAAUCAUUUAGUAAAACCAAUAAUUUUUCAGAUCCUGAACAAAAUCCAAACAAAUCUUAAAAUUCUAGUGGGCUUACUAAAAUAUCUAACAAUUAAUCUUAUUUCUUUUAAAUUGUAUUUAAAUAAAAGUCUUUAAUUCCAAAAAGCAUACUUAUUUUAUGGUUUCUUGUCUAUAGUGUUAAUUUUAUAAGUAUUAUAGGUUUUAGUUAUACAAACUAUCAUCUAAUUUAUAAUUAUCAAGAAUCAUAAUUGUAAACUCAAUAAUUUAUGGGACCAUUAAGAUUUAACAGAUUUUUUUGUAAGACUUUAUCAAUUAGUUGGAUAUUUAUUUUAAAUAAAUAUGACAUAUUAAAUAAUAGUUAAUACUCAAUAUAGUAAAGUAUAUAUUAAUAAUUCCUUUUACAUUAAGUUGUUUUUACCAAUUUAACUUAAUUGUAUCCAAUAUUUAUUUAAAUGGAAUCUGAUGGGUCAUUAUAGAAUAUUACUUUACAAUANUACAACAUCAAACUCUAAAGAUUAAAAUUAAUUUAUAGAAAUCAACUUAUUAAAUGAUGAAUAUGCUAAAUUUGCGUCUGAAUUCAUUAAUUAAAAUGUAGAAAUUAUAUUUAUUCAUAGAUUACAAAAUAAAAAACUUGUUUUUUAAGAUUUACUUUAUUUUUUCAAAGAAACAAUGCAGAUGGAUUUUUUAUAAUGCAAAUAUAAGAUUAUCGAAAACAUGAUAUAGGUGAGAUAGCUACUGAGUUAUUUGCUUUAUAAGAUAUUGAUUCAACUAUGAAAAAAUCAACUUUGAGACAUCUUAAAGGUAAUAAUAAUAAAAAUGAUUUAGAUUUCAUUGUUUCUAAAAGAAGAUAUGGAGAUUAACGCACUUUACAUAAUGCUUUUAUUAAAAGAAAAAUGUAUUCAAAAUAAUUAGUAUCUAUGAAUUAAUCAGAAAUUUUAAUGACACAAUAACUUUCAUCAACAAAUUAUACACCAAAGGCUUGUUUUAUUAAACCUGAAAUUGCUCUCAAUUCUGAAAUGGAAUCAGUUUAGGAAGUUAAAAAUUCAAGUUCAGAAGAAUCAAAAUUUCUAGAUGAAUUUAUGUCUAAUGAAGAUACAAAAAAGCAAAAUUAAAAACAUCAAAAGAGGAUUAAAUCAUUUAGUAAAACCAAUAAUUUUUCAGAUCCUGAACAAAAUCCAAACAAAUCUUAAAAUUCUAGUGGGCUUACUAAAAUAUCUAACAAUUAAUCUUAUUUCUUUUAAAUUGUAUUUAAAUAAAAGUCUUUAAUUCCAAAAAGCAUACUUAUUUUAUGGUUUCUUGUCUAUAGUGUUAAUUUUAUAAGUAUUAUAGGUUUUAGUUAUACAAACUAUCAUCUAAUUUAUAAUUAUCAAGAAUCAUAAUUGUAAACUCAAUAAUUUAUGGGACCAUUAAGAUUUAACAGAUUUUUUUGUAAGACUUUAUCAAUUAGUUGGAUAUUUAUUUUAAAUAAAUAUGACAUAUUAAAUAAUAGUUAAUACUCAAUAUAGUAAAGUAUAUAUUAAUAAUUCCUUUUACAUUAAGUUGUUUUUACCAAUUUAACUUAAUUGUAUCCAAUAUUUAUUUAAAUGGAAUCUGAUGGGUCAUUAUAGAAUAUUACUUUACAAUAUUCUGCCAAUAAUAUUGAGUAGGUUGAAUUUACUAGAUUAUUAUAUUUUAUGGAAGAAGUUAUUCAUUAUUUAGUGUAGAUAAGUAAUUAUGAUUACAGCAAUUAUAAAUAAUAUAUUGAUAGAUAAUUUAUUGAUAGAAUGUUCUUGAUUGAAUAAAAUUUACCAGAAAUUAUUAACAUUAAUUCCAAUCUACUUUUAAAAUUAAAAGAUAAUACUGUUAUUCUGUAAAAAUUUGAAAGUUCCGUAUUUAUUAUUGAACAUUUGAUUCACACUGCAAUUAUCUUUCUUAUUAUGUUGGUGCAAUUAGUAUAAUGGAAUAAUAUUGAAUAAUAAAAUAGAAAUUUAGCAUUACUUGUAGGAAGAGUAAAAGAUAGUGAUAUUGAAACUGAAAUCUGUAAAUAUUUAUCAUUAUUUUUAGUAAGAGCCCAUUUAGUUUAUGUUGCACUUAGUAUUUAAGGUGGAGAAGAUUCUUGGAAACGUUAUAAUUAUUAUAAUUUUGGAUUUUAACAAGAUUCCUAACUUUAUUAUCCAAAAUAGAAAUUAAUAAUUAAUUAAAAACUUUAAUUAUUGUAAACUAAUUCAAAAAAUAUAAGAAAUUUUUAGACUAAAAUAAAUCUUUUUUCUCAUCUGUUAAAAAUAUUAGUAUUUGUAUUUAUUUAUUAAAUUUAUUUAUGGGGAGGAUAUGCAAUUUUUAAUAGUUAAUAAAAUAGAUUUUAACCUUUGAGUAAUCUCUUAAAUGAUUUUUCAUUGUUUAGUUCUAAAUUAGACAAUUUAGCAACUGCUGCUCUAAUUACAAAAACUAAACCAAUUUUAUUUAAUAAACUAAAAUCUUUAAAUAUUUAUUAAGAAAAUGAAUUAAUAGAUGAAGUUCUAAUUCCAAAGUUAUUUGAUAAAUUUUAUACUGAAGUUAAUUUAUCCUUUGUAGAAUUAUAUGAAAAAAUAAUAAAAGAUCUUUCUUUGGAAUAUUCCUAAGAAGAAGUGGAAGGAUUAUUGAGAUCUGAUAUUUGUUAAUACUUGAAUCAUAUACUUCCUUUUUGCUAAUUAAAAAUAACAUAAAAUUUAUAAGAGUUUAUCAAAAAAUAUGGCACUUAUUAAGAUGAAGAUAAUAAUGCUGAAUUUGUAAGAAAUGGCAUACUUACAUUAGUAACAACAAUGUAAUAAUUUUAUUAAUAGAAUUUUGCUUACGAAAUAUAAAAUGCAAAUUAUUUUAAUAAUAUUUCAGAAACAUAAUUAUUGAUUAAUAGUUCUGAGUUUAAUGUGAUAGUUUUAUCUCAUUUUAGAGACACUUAUUAUUGUUUCAUAAGAUUUUUGGAAUUAGUUGAUGGUAAUAUAGAAUUAAUAAAAGAGAUGGAUCUCUAAGUAUUACUAUUAUAUUAUGAUAUAAUAAUAGUGAUUUAUAUGAUUUUAUUUCAUAUAUAUUAUUCAUUUUGGAUAAAUAGGAAUGUCAAAGAAAUGAGAAAAAUAAAACUUGCAUUAGUAGCAAUUCCACAUUUUUAAUUAACAAGUGAUCCUGUAAUAAAUAUAUUAAAAAGAUAUUAAUGA